AUGGCUUUCAAGACAUUCGCAAUCAUCGCCGGCGUCGGCCCUGGCACAGGCGCCUCUAUUGCUAGACGCUUUGCCAAAGCCUACUCUGUGGUGCUUCUAGCCCGAACCCCUGCCAGCUAUGAUGCCGUCGUCCAGGAGAUCAACUCCAGCGGUGGCCAAGCCGUCGGAAUUAGCGCCGACCUGUCUGAUUCAAGCAGCGUCAAAUCUGCUUUUGACCAGAUAGCCGUACAGUAUUCGGGCUCUUCUCUUGCUGUGGCUAUCUUUAAUUCUGGGGGUGGAUGGGCGCGCAAGCCGUUCCUGGAGCUGACUGACGAGGACUACUCAGGUGCUCUUGCUUCUCAGGCAAAGGGCGGCUUUUACUUUGCUCAGAAUACUCUGCCACUCCUCCUCAAGGCUGGGGACAUAUCGCCGCGCCCGCCAACCUUGAUUUUCACAGGAGCAACGGCAAGCAUAAGGGGCUCCGCCAACUGCGCAGACUUUGCCUCGGCCAAGUUUGCGCUGCGUGCCCUAGCACAGUCCCUAGCUCGUGAGUUCGGACCGCAGGGCGUGCAUGUAUCACACGCCAUCAUCGACGGGGCAAUCGAUAUCCCCCGCACUAAGAGCUUGAUAUUCCAGCACGAGGAUGCUAAGUUGAGUCCAGAAGCAAUUGCGGACUUGUACUGGCAUCUGCACGCGCAGCCCCGGACGACCUUUGUGUUUGAGAUGGAUCUGCGACCGUACGUGGAGAAGUGGUGA